AUGGCACUGCUGCUUGACGUUCGCGAUGUGCUCGACGUGCUCGUCCAGCCAUGGCCGUGGCUCAGGUACUGCCUCUUGCCGCCCACCGCACUCUCCUCAUACAGCACUUGGCACGUGAUCGUCGACAUCAUGUCCGUCACCUGCUUUGUCGACGUGGCGGUCGUGGUCGAGGUCGAGGUCGAGGUUGUCGAGGUCGAGGUCGAGGUGGUCGAGGUGAUCUACGUGGUCGAGGUGAUCUACGUGGUCGAGGUGAUCUACGUAGUCGAGGUGAUCUACGUGGUCGAGGUGAUCUACGUAGUCGAGGUGAUCCACGUGGUCGAGGUGAUCUACGUAGUCGAGGUGAUCCACGUGGUCGAGGUGAUCUACGUAGUCGAGGUGAUCUACGUAGUCGAGGUGAUCUACGUGGUCGAGGUGAUCUACGUGGUCGAGGUGAUCUACGUGGUCGAGGUGAUCUACGUGGUCGAGGUGAUCUACGUAGUCGAGGUGAUCUACGUGGUCGAGGUGAUCUACGUAGUCGAGGUGAUCUACGUGGUCGAGGUGAUCUACGUAGUCGAGGUGAUCUACGUGGUCGAGGUGAUCUACGUAGUCGAGGUGAUCCACGUGGUCGAGGUGAUCUACGUGGUCGAGGUGAUCUACGUGGUCGAGGUGAUCUACGUGGUCGAGGUGAUCUACGUGGUCGACGUCACCGACUUGGUCUACGUGGUCGAGGUCACCCACUUGGUCGAGGUCACCCACUUGGUCGAGGUCACCCACUUGGUCGACGUCACCCACUUGGUCGAGGUCACCCACUUGGUCGAGGCCACCGUUCGCGCCAUUUCUUUCUUGCUCUAA